AAAAUAGCUUGGAUGAUCAAACAAUUAUUGUUCACAACUCUUCAACACGUGAUCAUGAGUUGGAUCGCAAAGACUUCAAAUAAGGGUUUAAUUUGUUACCCUCUCAUGUCUCAUACAGAGAGAGAAGACAUCAGUUGAUACUUUUGAGAUAGCCAUGGACGCAGCACACUUGCAGUUGCACAUAGCUAUGUACCCAUGGCUGGCCAUGGGACACAUAACGCCAUAUCUUCACCUUGCAAACAAAUUAGCAACAAGAGGACACAAAAUAUCCUUUCUCAUACCCAAACGAACAAAAGCAAAGGUGGAACAUUUCAACCUCUAUCCACACUUAAUAACCUUCAUCCCUAUCACCAUUCCCCCAGUUGAUGGCCUUCCUCCUGAUGCAGAAACCACUUCAGAUGUUCCCUUUUCCUUAGGCUCACUUCUUAUGACUGCCAUGGAACGUACUGAGAUGGACUUUAAACUACUUUUACUUGAGCUCAAACCCCACGUUGUUUUCUUUGAUCUAGCGUCUUGGAUACCUAGCUUGACUCGAAGCUUAGGCAUCAAGUCUCUUCAGUACACAAUCACUAGCAUGAUAUCAGCAGCUUAUGUGGAAUCCAUGGAGAACAUGUGUCAAGAAAAGAACUUGGUUAGAGAUGAGAUGAAUCUCAUGAAUAAUCUACAUGAAUUCCCAGAUUCUUCCAUCAAGCUUCAUGCUCAUGAGGUUCGAGUAUUAGCUUCAUUCCUGAAUUUAAAGUAUGGUAGUGGUGUUCGUUUCGUGGAUCGGAUCCGCACUGGCGCCACACAGUCAGAUGCUGUGGGAUAUAAAGGUUGUAGAGAAUUUGAGGGAACAUAUGCUGAGUUUCUUGAGAGUUUUUAUGGGAAGCCUUUUUUACUUUCAGGGCCUGUACUACCAGAGCCACCUACCUCCACUUUGGAAGAAAAAUGGGCUCAGUGGCUUUCAGGAUUCAAGCCUGGUUCAGUCAUAUACUGUGCGUUUGGAAGUGAAUGGAGGCUAAACCAGAAUCAGUUCAAGGAACUGUUGCUGGGUCUUGAGUUAACAGGUUUUCCAUUUCUGGCAGCACUUAAAGCACCUAUUGGAUUUGAUUCUGUGGAAGAAGCUAUGCCAGAAGGGUUCAAAGAGAGGGUUCAUGGAAGAGGCAUUGUGGGGGUCCACCAGACAUUAAUUCUUGACCACUCAUCUAUUGGCUGCUUCAUUACCCAUUGUGGAGCCUCAUCUUUACUAGAGGCACUUGUGAGCAAGUGUCAGCUUGUGGCGUUACCUAAUAUUCUUGACCAGAUCCUUAUUGCGAGGAUGAUAAGCAGCAGCUUGAAGGCUGGUGUUGAAGUGGAGAAAGGUGAAGAAGAUGGUUCAUUCACAAAGGAAAGUGUCUGCAAAGCUGUGAAGACUGUGAUGGAUGAUGAGAGUGAGGUUGGAAGGGAGGUUAGAGAAAAUCAUUUAAAAUUGAGAAACAUGUUACUCAGCAAGGAUUUGGAGAACACUUACGUUGAUAGUUUUUGUCACAAGCUCCAAGAAUUACUUGGGUGAUAUGCAAGUUUUAAUCAGGGCUUGUCAGUUUUACUUUGCUCGAGUUGAUUCUAUGUUGUUAAAGGAUAUGGUGGUGACGAGUGUGGGUGGUUAUUGUUCAGUGUCGUUUGUGAAGUUUAAUAAGGUUAUAAUAUUUUCAGUGGAAUAAAGCAGUUCAGUUUCCUUUUC